UAGAAAUAUUGAUACUUGAUUAAAUAUUUAUUAUUUUAAUGAAUAAAUCAGAUAUACAAUUUAUACAUUAUACCUAGUUACCUAGCUGUGUUAUGAAGAAGUCCAAAAUGUACAAAAAAGUUAGUCGCAAGGCGAAGUUUUUCAAUCAUGUUAAUCGCAAUGUCGUAUAUCCGACUAUAUAUUUUAAUGCAAAUCUAGAAGAGAGGAAUAAAAACGCUGUAGAAAUUACUGAACUUAACUCCGAUGAAGAUGUUGUGAUGUCUAAAAAUGAACAGAAAGACCAUCGCAAUAACAAUCACUCCUGGGGCAAUAUAAGCUACAGCUCUCACGAACGGGGUGAUUAUAAAGUAAAUGAAACAGCUAGAGAUAAUAAACGCCAAAAUAUGGAAAACGAAAAUCAUGAUACCAGAAAUAAAUAUCCUACUUUUAAUCCUACUGUAUAUUUUAACCCAAAUCUAGAAGAGAGGAAUAAAAACGCUGUAGAAAUUACUGAACUUAACUCCGAUGAAGAUGUUGUGAUGUCUGAAAAUGAACAGCAAGACCAUCGCAAUAACAAUCACUCCUGGGGCAACACAAGCUACAGGUCUCACGAACAGGGUGAUUAUAAAGUAAAUGAAACAGCUAGAGAUAAGAAACGCCAAAAUAUGGAAAACAAAAAUCAUGAUACCAGUAGCAAAUAUAGUGACGAAGAUUUACUUAACCAAUUUUGUACCGAUUUCUACGGAAUUGAUUGCUUUGAUAGAGGUGACAGCAUAUCAACAGUAAAUAAUCUUCAUUCAGAGUUUUUUACAAUUUUAAAUAGUCAUAGAACUUCCCAAACUUCCUCUGACUCGAACCCGUAUGAAGAAUAUGACGAGGCGAAAGAGAAUGAUUGUUGGAACAGCAAUAAUUUUUAUGACCAUAGAAAUGUUACAUACGAUAAUGAUGGUAACGAAAAGCGGAUGAUAUGGAUUUACUCUUUGAAGAACCCACAUUAUUUAUCCGAACACGAUUAUGAAUUAAUUAAUAUUGCUAGCAAUAACUCAAUAAGUACUACAGACGACGAAGAACCAAGUAAGGAUAUUCUGAACCACCGUAGAAUUGCAACGCCUUUUCCUAGUUACAUACCGAGAAUGAAUUUACCACUAUCUCCUACGCUGCCAACUGUUACUGAAGUAACAGAACCAAAUAAACUCACGUCGAGCAUUUCCGAUAUUGGUACAAGAAAAGCAGACAAAAAUCUUUUUCAGAUACCUUUAAGUGGUUGGUUCAAAGAAGAAACCAGUACAGAAAACGUUAAUCAUAGUCCAGGUAAUACAGAACAAAGCUAUGACAAUAACUGGCACGCUUUAUCAUCCAGAGAAAAGAGGAGAUUAAGGCAAUCCAAAAUAAGCGAACAAAAUAACCUUAAUACAAAGAAAGAUUCAGAAACACCCAUAUACUGUAAACCUAAAAUUAUAAGUCGUUAUAAAGAAUUCAGCCCAGAAUCGCAUAUUGAGCAAUUUGAGACACAAAUAGAUGAAUCCAACAGAAAUGAAGACGAUCAAGAAAAUUAUAUGAAUGAUGAAAAAGAAGUUUCUUUAGAGAAUAGCAGAGAUAGUACAUCGCUUUGCAAUCUGGAGACACCGCAAAUAAAACGAAGUACUGAAAUGAAGACACUUAAAAAAAAUACUACGUAUCUCAUAGAAAAACUUGAUGGCAAGUGGAUUGGACAAUCUUUGCCAGAGAAUUAUGAAUUGUUAGAAGUAAAUAAUUAUGUUAUGGGUCCUGAGAACAAUGAUGCACAGGUAGCAUCGCAAGAAACUGGUGACGCCAUUGAAGAAUGUGAUAGUUACCGAUUGUUCAUGAGAAAUAUGUCUGUUUUAAAACCAACAGAAUGGACACAAUAUUCGCCAUUAAAUGGCAGCAUGCGCGUGCCAUCCUUGCAUCUGUCUACAUCUGGAGACAAUGAUUUUGAUACUGAGAAAAAAUCAUGGUUCAAACGUUUCCUAGACAUAGUUAAUUGCUGUAAAUAAUAAUAGGUAUAUUUAUUUAUUUAUUUAGGAUAAUUUCUAAUUAAAACACAACGUUUAAGUUGGCGAAUUUAUUAAAUUCAAUCACAAUCAACUUCCAGUAAUUGAAGUACUUAAAAUAAACCUGUUGUUGAACAAUUUCAAUAAGGUACUUGCAAAAGAGACCAUUAUUUCACGACACAAAAUCAUUGAAACAUUCUAUAUACACACUCGUACUAUCACAAUAUGGUUUUUACACGAGUCAUCCAAUUACGCUGUGAAAUAAAAUAAACCAUCAUAUAUAUUUAUCAGGAAUGUAAAAUCUCGAGUAGGGAAUUUAUAUUUCCUUUACUUGUUAAAAGCUUGAACGCCAUUGUUAAAACCAGUAGGUGCGAUUUGACCGCGUGUUGUCUUCAAACAAUAGAGGCCGAUUCACACCGAGCACGUACACGUGACACGUGCGUAGUGACGCGCGUAAACCCCUAACACACCGGGUUACGUAUACGUAAACGCUUUACGCAAGCGGUGUGCCAUGUUUCAUAAAUUACAACGCAAUGGUACGCGCUACGUCUUCGCUUACGCAGCCUGUGUGAACGAGCUAUAAACUCAUUGCUAUACUAAGGCCGCAGAUACACGUGUAAGUUUUACUCACGUAAAUAGUUUACAUGAGUAUCUUACGACAAAUGUAGUAAUGUAAAGUUCAAGUACAUUUACAAUAGUAAAGUUGUCAAUUAAAUACGUAAGCUACUUACGUAAGUUAAACUUACAGGUAUAAUCGCGGCCUUACGUCUAUAUUAUUUAUGGAUUACAUAGUAUGUUAAAAAGUUGACCUGUGUGCUUAGUAUAAAGUUUUACAUCUCACUAACGCAACGAUUAAUCCGAAUGUAGAAACAAUCACUUCAGAGUAAAACUGAUUCAAAAAUUCAGUACCACCGAUUUUAUUUUCUCAUUUCCACUUAAGCGUUAGCUGUAAAUGUGUGGACAAAUUUGAGCUUUAAAACAAGGCAUUUAAGUCCGUUUUACUUUAACGCUAACCUUUUUCUACGCUCGAAUUCUAUCAACGUUAGUAAGAUGUAGAAUCUUGUACUAAGCACACAGUUCAUAAUCUAUACACAAAAAUAAAUAUAUACGAGUAUAUAAAUAUUAUACUCGAUAAGACCUUUGACAUUUCACAGAUUUUAUUGGGACAUAGUUACUUGUAAUCUUUUGUUGGAAUCGGCAAAGUGCGCCUUUUAAUAAUAUGUUAAAGAUGUAUACAUCCAGUUAAAAAUUAUCAGUUAAUUAUUCCAUAACAUAAUAUUUAUGUUUCGGUAUUACCAAAAAUCAUAAUAAUAUAAAAAAUACAUUUGCAACACACUGAUUGAGACCAGCUCAUUAGCUAAACGUCGCAUUAUAAUUAUAAAAACGUCUAUUUCAAAAAUGCAUAAUAAAAUCAAAUGGUUAAAAAUCUCCUAUGAUGUUAAAAGGAAAAAAUUCUUUAUAAAAAAGAUUGGGGAGCAUUACUGGUUUCAACUGUUACCUUAUAUUAUUACUAACACAAUACUAUUAAUAAUGAUAAGACUUUUUCAGCGCCUAAAGGCUUUUAUGGGAUUACCUACCAUAGACAAAUCACACUAAAUCUUCCUUAAAGCCAUUUUCAAUUCAUAGUUUGUUCA